AUGGCCGACGACAUCGUCAUCGACAAGGCCCUCUUCCAGGAGCGGCUAAAUAACUUUGUCACAAAGUGGAAGGCCGACAAGCGCAGUGGCGACCAGGUCUUCCAGGGCGCCAGCUCCAUUGCGACGGUUGUGGGCAAGGCGAGCGAGCCUGGCACCUAUCUGAAGCCUGCCGCCUUCCAGCUAUGGCUACUGGGCUACGAGUUCCCGGCCACGCUCUUCAUCCUCACCCCCGACCUGCUCCAGAUUGUCACCACCAAGAAGAAGGCCAUUUUGCUAAUCUGGUCCGCUACAGCCUCCUAUCUCGAGCCUCUCAAAGGUGGUAAGGUGCCGGUCGAGAUUCUGGUCCGCGGAAAAGACGCCGAGGAGAACAAGAAGCAGUUCCAGACAUGCAUCGAAACACUCAAGAAGGCGGGCAAGAAGGUUGCUGUGCUGAAAAAGGACAGCGCAACGGGAGCUUUUGCAGACGAGUGGAAAGCUGCCUUUGCCGAGGCUGGAUUCAAGGAGGAAGACCAGGUCGAUCUGGCGCCCAUCAUGUCGAAUGCUGCCUUGUCUGUCAAAGACGAGAAGGAGUUGCGAACCAUCCGCGACGCCUCUCGAGCCUCGAGCGCCCUCAUGACCAACUACUUCGUCGAAGAAAUGUCCGAGAUUCUAGACUCCGAGAAGAAAAUCUCCCACCGUGCCCUCGCCGACAAGGUUGCCAACAAAAUCGACGAUGUCAAGUUCUUUGAGAAGCAAAAGGUUUCCAAGACGUUUGACAGUCUGCAGCUGGAUUGGUGCCUACCGCCGACUGUCCAGUCGGGUGGAACAUACGACCUCAAGUUUGCCUCGGAGCCGGACGACCAGAAUCUGCACGCCGGCGUCAUCAUCUCCGUCCUCGGUCUUCGUUAUCAGACCUACGGCGCCCUGGUGGGACGAACAUACAUGGUUGGACCCAACAAGGAGCAGGAAACUGCAUACAAGCUGCUUUUGGCCAUUCAUGACUUGGUCAUCAAGUCUCUGAAAGAUGGAGUCGUGGCCAAGGAUGUCUACAACAAAGCACUUGCACACCUCAAGUCGAAGAAGCCCGAUUGGGACAAGCACUUUCCCAAGAAUCUCGGAUACGGAAUCGGUACCGAGAACAAGGAUAAUACCCUACUCCUUAGUGCCAAGAACAGUCGUACUCUCAAGGACGGUAUGACGCUCGUGGUUCAGACUGGAUUUCAAGAUCUUGAGAACAGCAAGCCUCAGGACAAGAAGAGCAAAACAUACUCCCUUGUCCUGGUCGACACGGUUCGCGUUGGACAGGGUGACUGCGCCGUCUUCACCAAGGACACAACAUCAGAUCUGGAUGCCGUCUCCUUCUUCUUCGAUGAGGAGGAAGAGGAGGCAAAGCCCAAGGUCAAGAAAGAGCGUGCGCCGGCCAUUGCGCAGACCAACAUCACAAAGACCCGAACACGACAUGAGCGAACGACGAACCAAGACGCCGAAAAGGAGGAGCAGCGACGACAACAUCAAAAGGAGCUGCACGCUAAAAAGCAAAAGGAAGGACUGGAGCUGUACAGCGAAGGCACAAAGUCUUCAAAUGGUACCGAGGAGAAGAAGUUCAAAAAGUUCGAGUCGUACAAGCGCGAUAAUCAGUUCCCGUCCUCGGUCGCAAACCUGGAGAUUGUCGUGGAUAAAAAGAGCUUGACAGUUCUGCUGCCCGUUAUGGGCCGGCCUGUUCCUUUCCAUAUUCACACAAUUAAGAACGCAUCACACACACCGGAAGCCGACUUCACUUCGCUUCGUAUCAAUUUCCUCUCGCCUGGUCAAGGCGUUGGUCGCAAAGACGAUCAACCAUUUGAAGAUCCCAACGCCCACUUUAUCCGCAGCUUGACUUUUCGCUCCCACGAUGUCGAUCGCAUCGAUCAGAUCACAAAAGACAUCACAGAGCUGAAGAAGGAUGUUGUCCGACGUGAGACGGAGAAGAAGCAGAUGGAAGACGUUGUGGAGCAGGAUAAGCUCAUCCCACUAAAGACUCGCAAACCUCAUAUGCUUGACCUCAUCUUCAUUCGACCGGCCCUUGACGGUAAACGCAUCCCGGGAAGUGUCGAGAUCCACCAAAAUGGUUUGCGCUACGUACAUGGUAACGGCACGGCCAAAAUCGAUGUCCUCUUCAGCAACAUGAAACAUCUGUUCUUCCAGCCCUCACAACAUGAGCUCAUCGUCAUCAUCCAUGUCCACCUCAAGAACCCGAUUAUGCUGGGCAAGAAGAAGACCAAGGAUGUGCAAUUCGUCCGCGAAGCCACAGAGAUGCAGUUCGACGAGACAGGCAACCGCAAACGCCGCCACAAGUUUGGCGACGAAGAAGAGUUUGAGCAAGAGCAAGAAGAGCGAAGGCGACGUGCAGCGCUCGACAAGGAGUUCAAGAACUUUGCCGAGAAGAUUGCAGACGCCGCGCGUAACGAGAAUGUCAGCGUUGACAUUCCCUACCGCGAGCUUGGCUUCAACGGUGUGCCAUCGCGCAGUUCAGUGCUGGUCCAACCCACGACCGACUGCUUAGUUCAACUGACCGAACCGCCUUUCACCUGUCUCACCCUAUCCGAGAUUGAAAUCGUACACCUCGAACGUGUGCAGUUCGGUCUGCGAAACUUUGACAUGGUGGUUGUCUUCAAGGACUACAACCGUCCGCCCGUGCACAUCAACACCAUUCCCGUCGAGUCACUCGACCCUGUCAAGGAUUGGCUUGAUUCCGUCGACAUUCCCUUUAGCGAGGGUCCGCUGAACCUCAAUUGGGCCACCAUUAUGAAGACGGUAACCUCGGACCCGCAUCAGUUCUUCGCCGACGGCGGCUGGUCCUUCUUGUCCACUGACUCGGACGACGAGGACGGCGAGGAGGAGGAGGAGGAAUCUGCGUUUGAGGUCUCAGAGAGCGAACUCGCCAUAUCGGAUGAGAGUUCCGAGGAGAGCGAUUUCGACGAGAAUGCGUCGGAUGAGAUGAGUGAUGAGGGGAGUGAAGAGGAUUUUAGCGAGGGGGAGAGCUGGGAUGAGUUGGAUAAGAAGGCUGCAAGGAAGGACAAGGAGAGUGCGCAUGCAGAAGAUGAAGAUGAAGAUGGUGGCAAAGCGAGGAAGAGGAAGCGUUGA